AUGUUUGUUUGCAGAUCCAUCACCCUCGUUCUUGCUGCCCUUACAACCAGCGCCUAUGCCAUUAUUCAAGUAGCACUUCUGACAUUUCUUGGAAAGUGCCAUAUUGGCACCAGUAUCGAUAUGAACUGCUGUUGGGGAGGUACCGCUGGCGAGGACGCUUGCUUCCGCCAACAAAAGUCCGUCAACUGCGGCAACGGAAUCGAACAGGCCAACUUCUGCAAGAACAUUGGUAUUGACAGAACUAGAUGUGACGCCGACUGCUGCGACCCGAGGACUGGUUGGGGUAAGGCGUGUCCCAAGGGAAAGAACGCGUGCAAUGGCAUCUGCCCCAGUUGA